AUGCUUGACAACACGAGCACCAUGGCGGGCGUCUCUCAAAUCCAGAUCCCCAUUAACAAACAAGUACAAGCCACCAUCAAUUACUGCCGGAAAGAUCUCGUGCCACCACUCCCGCCUGUGGUAUUUGGGCGGGGACCAGCCAAUCCUCCCAUACAGACUCCUAAGCAAGAUUACCCAGUCGUGGUCACGGAUGUGACUAGUCGCGAAAGUGACUUCGACCUCGAGACUCAGGGGAUCGAAUUUGUACAUCACGAAAGCAGCUUGAAGGACGAGGAAUUCGAUGACGAGGAUCUCAUCAAAAAAACCUAUUACCAAGAGAUAUUGGACUUGACCAAGGAAGUGUUGGAGGCAAACCCUAAGUUUCCCAAGAACCCAGAGCUGCACAUCCUCCAGCAUCUCCGCAGAAACAGCCCAGACAAGUUUCCCACCGGCCCAGUCUACGGUUGCCACGUAGACCAGCACCCAGCUGCGGUGGAAGGGUUCGCCCGGCGCUGGCUAGGCGGCGACAAGGCCGACCAGCUGAUCCGCAGCCAUAAGCGCUGGCAAAUCAUCAACAUCUGGCGGCCCAUCCGUGAAGUCCAACGAGAUCCCUUCGCCGUCACGGACGCGCGCUCUGUCCCCGACGAAGACAUCCUCAAGGUACGGCUGGUGUACCCGGACCACGAGAUUGACAUCCUAGAGGUAAAGGCUCCACUAGACCCUGAGGUGACGCCGCACCGCUGGUAUUUCAAGGAUAGUAUGGGGCCCGGAGAUGUGCUGCUUUUCACACAGUUCGACUCUACUUCGCGGACGGACGUGCCUAAGCGGGUGCCUCACACUGCGUUCAAGGACCCGCGGGUGGACGAAGAGAAGGCUGAGCCGAGGAAGAGUAUCGAGGUCAGAGUUGCUGUGUUCUAUGAUAGUGACUGA